AUGGGAAAGGCAGUAAUAUUGGUGGUGAGACUUGUUGUCUUAAUUUGCCUUGUGGGAUCACUCAUCCUCCUCCUUACAAGUUCUCAAUAUUCCGAUACUCAACGCCUUUUCUACUCUGAUGAUGAGCUUCAAAUCAAAUUUACCGAUUUUCGUGUUUAUGUUUAUAUGCUGGUUUGCAUUGGCGUGGGAAUUGGCUAUAAUCUCUUUCAAACAAUACUCUCAUUAAGCAUUGGAGUUAGCCUUUUAGAUCUAUUUGGUGACAUGCUGAUCAUAGCAAAUAUAUUGGUUUCAGGAGCAGCUGCAACAUUUGGUUUUACACUUGAAUUGAGCCGUUCAACUGACCUAGAGCCCACUAGUUUCUUCAAUAAGAUUUUUGUAUCUGCAGGACUUUCUCUUCUAGCAACUCUCUUCACACUUAUCUCUCUCAUUUCCUCACAUGUUGCUCUAAAGGGUUGA